AUGAACAGCGACAAUCACUGGCAUAUCUGCCCUGAGGCCAUCACCAACUUGUCGUCUCUUCCCAUUGCUCGCGGAGGAUUCGGCGAAGUCUACACAGCCUCGUAUUAUGGAUCGGACGUCGCCGUCAAGGUGCUCUUCCGCUCACACAACGAACAAGAGCUGGCCAACUUUAACCGCGAAAUCAGCAUUUGGUUUCGAUUAAACCACCCGAAUAUCCUUCCCCUUCUAGGGGCCUGCGACGCCGAUGACAAACACUACAUGGUUUCGCCCUUGAUGCAAAAUGGCUCGCUCUAUCGGUACCUCUCCAAUCCCCAAACCAACUGCAGCAUUCGCGACAGGCUGCAGCUCAUGUACCAGGCCGCGUCCGGAAUGGCCUAUCUCCAUGGCAAAAACGUCAUUCACGGCGAUCUCAAGUCAAUGAACGUCCUCCUCGAUAAGAGCUUCAACGCCGUCAUAUCGGACUUUGGCAUGUCCCGCACCAAAGCCAGCGCCUCUGUCUCCAGGCGCAUGGCGUCGCGAGAGACCGCUGGAGGCACGCUCGAUUACAUGGCGCCCGAGAUGCUGGAUGACGAAAGCCCCACAGGCUCGACCAAGGCAACGGACGUGUAUGCCUUUGGCAUCAUGCUCUUUGAGGUAUUCAACAGCUGCAAUCACAUCUGGACCGCCAUCGAUGGCAGCCCCAUGCGAGACAGCGUCAUCGAGCGGCAGGUCUGUCGCGGAAAUCGGCCCAAGCGGCUCGCCAACAUACCGGACGACAUCUGGGCCCUUAUCGAGCUGUGUUGGCACCAAAAUGCCGUCCAGCGGCCUGCUUUCACACGUAUCCUC